AAUCAGAAGUUUUUGUUCGUCUGUCAAAUUAGCCUUGUGUGUUUUUCUCAGUCCGGGAAGAUUUUUCUGUAAACAAGCAGGAAAAAUGACUUCUCCGCUUGAAUUGCUGAAGUACGACGAGACAAGGGAGCGCCCAUGGCUAUCAGACAAAUGGGGCUUUGUUUUAGGUGGCUCUAUGGGUUUUGGCUUGGCCUGUUGGUCUAAUUUCCUGCGACAACGUCCCGUUUUCAGUGGUCUUCAGAGACACAUCGCUUACCCCCUGAUUGGUGCCACCAUCUGCUUCUUCGUCGAUCGCUACAGAGACAAGUACUUGGCAGAGAAAGAUGCCGUGCUUAGACACUACAUUGAGCUCCAUCCGGAAGAUUUCCCUACGCCCGAGCGGAAGAAGAUGUCCGAGUUAUUUGAACGAUGGAUCCCUAUUCGUUAGAUACAAUACGUCAAGUUUGUAUAAUUUAGCAAUAAUUAUCAACAUUUAUUGAAAUCUAUACAA